GCUCGCGCGCAGUGACUGAUCAUUAAAUUCAACAGUAGCAAAGGAGCACCGUACACAAUAACUGAAGCUUGGAUUUAGAUCACAAAGGCAGGCACAUUUUAGAGUCGCCUGACCAUUGAAGCAAAACAAUUCCAUUAUAUACUCUCUUGAACAAAACAUAAGAUAGAUAGAUACACGGUUGCACUCUUAGUGUAUGUGGGUCAGCAAUAAUAUGAUGAGCAAUAAUCAAUAAUAAUGUAUUUUUUAAAUGUCCUAGCAAGUGGGUAAAGUGUGCAAGACACGUUAAGCACCAUUCGAGACUUGUGAAUGAACUCCAAAGACUGCGCGUAACCGCGAUGGACACCCUGGACCAGCCUCGCUGCGCACGCUGGGAUUGCCUUGCGACAUUGCCACGCAGUUGAGAUAUCAUAUCCUCCAACAUUCACUAGACGUGUGGGUGAGUUUGCACUUGUAACAACUGAUGCUAAAAGCUGCUCAAAACUACACUAGUACUGGAAAUAUAUAUAUAUUUUUUUACCGUGAAAGAAUAUUCAACAAAUGGAAAAGAAGAGUGAUAUUGCACAGUGAUUAACGGCGUAGAUUAAGCAACCAGCUGUACUUGUAGGCCUUAAUGGAGGCCUGGACAUUCCUGUGGAGCGCUGACGCUGGUGGCGAGAUAGGGAGGGACAUGGCCAGGUAAUGAUGGCGUGAGCUCCGUGCGCACUGCCUGCCGCAAUUUAGCCAAACUUCCCCCAGCCAGAGUAAUAUGAAACUAGCCUUCGUGAACAGAAACCAGGAUGAUUUAUGAUCUGGCUGACCUCAACUAUAGCUACAACGUGAGCGACGACCCGUUCAGCUUACUGGACCGGGAAUGGAGCGACACUCCGAAAGAGACCCUCUCCAGGACUGGCUUCAUCGUGCUCUCCGUGUUUCUGGGCUUGAUCAUGACCUUCGGCUUCCUCAACAACUUCGUGGUACUGCUCCUCUUCUGCAAGUUCAAGAAGCUGCGUACCCCGGUCAACAUGCUCCUGCUCAAUAUCAGCGUGAGCGACAUGCUGGUGUGCAUGUUCGGGACCACGCUGAGUUUUACCUCCAGUAUCAAGGGAAAGUGGCUCCUGGGCCGCCACGGCUGCUUGUGGUACGGUUUCAUCAACUCCUGCUUCGGUAUUGUGUCGUUGAUCUCCCUGGUGGUCCUGUCCUACGACCGCUACAGCACCCUGACCCUGUACAACAAGCGUGGUCCUGACUACCGCAAGCCCCUGCUGGCUGUGGGGGGCUCCUGGCUCUACUCCAUAUUCUGGACGGUGCCCCCCCUGCUGGGCUGGAGUAGCUACGACUUGGAGGGCGCCGGCACCAGCUGCUCUGUGUCAUGGACCCUGAGGACGGCUCAGUCCCACGCCUACAUCAUCUGUCUGUUCAUCUUCUGCCUGGGUCUGCCCAUCGUCAUCAUGGUCUACUGCUACUGUCGGCUGCUGUGGGCCGUCAAACAGGUGGGUAAGAUACGUAGGACAGCGGCACGGCGGAGAGAGUACCACAUCCUGUUCAUGGUGCUGACUACAGUGGUGUGCUACAUAUUGUGCUGGAUGCCCUACGGCGUGGUGGCCAUGAUGGCGACGUUUGGCCGGCCCGGCAUCAUCACCCCCGUGGCUGCGGUGGUGCCCUCGCUCCUGGCCAAGAGCAGCACUGUCAUCAACCCUCUCAUCUACAUCCUCAUGAACAAACAGUUCUACAGGUGUUUCCUCAUCCUGAUCCGGUGUGAAAGGCCCUCCGCGGAGAACGGCCAAUCCUCCAUGCCUUCCAAGACCACCGCCAUCCAGCUUAGCCGCCGCGUGUACAGCAACACGGUGGCGUGCACCGCCCGGAUCUCCACGGGUAUCCAGAACCAUGGCUGCAGCACCCUGGUCACAGAGCACACCAACCCACCCGAGGUCACUCUCUCAUGAGCGGGCACGCCGGGAAGGCCUGGUGGGUGUUGAUGCAUGGCUCAGCUAGCUAGCUAGCUACUGUGUUGACCAAUAGUCUCCAAGGCCCAUGCGCUCGUCUACUCCAGCCCAACCCCUUCCAUUUGUUUACCAACUGCUGUGUUUAUCUUUAUGUAGGAGUGAAAUUGUACAUGCUGUGUGUGCAAGAGAAAGUACAUUUCUGUAUAUGUAUACAUGAGGGAGGGGGGGCUGUAGAGUGAGCAUGUGUGCUGCAUUCAAAGGGGAGAGAGGGUGUGUGUGGUUAUGAACUAUGUGUACCAUUUGAUAUCACUCGGCCUGUUCUCUGGCUUGUCUCUGUGAGGUGUAAAAACCAUUGCUCGAUACACUUGCUUCUUUUCUAAACACAUCGACUGCCCAAGUGAAAAGGAGUAUCUCUGUCACAUUUCACCCCCUCAACACACACACACACACACACACACACUUACCCCACCUCUCUAACGCACACUUACCCCACCUCUCUAACGCACACUUACCCCACACCUCUCACACACACACACUUACCCCGCACCUCUAACACACACACACACAGCCAGUGGUUACGCUACUCCCAGCCUCUGUUGUCCUGACUGUGAAGACUGAUAAGAAGGUCUGUGGAUGUAUCUCAAAUCGCACCCUAUUCCCCAACGUAGUGCACUACAUAGGGCACGGGAAAGAAGGGUAAUAGGGUGCGAUUUGAGGUGCAUCCACUGACUGGUGCAAUAAGCUAUGGGAUGUCCAGUAAAGAGCUGAUAAAGACUAUAAAAGUUCAUCAAGAGAACAAAUACUGAGCAGUACAGCUCUGAAGGAUACUGGUACACUGGUGACUGUGGGUGAUCUCGGACUGAAGCUCUGAUCUCGGACUGAAGCUCUGAUCUCGGACUUCUCUAUUGUGGAACUACAUGGAUCUCACAGAUUGAGAAUGGGACUUUUGCCAGACCUGCCAGCAUUUUGUUUGGGGAGAAGUGGCUUUGAACUCAUGUGUGAUAUUUGGGGUACCUACCACCCCCCUCCCAAACUUAUUCCCCCCUGACCUCUCCCCCUUCAUCAGAACCUGUACAAAGAAAGCGCUGAAUUCAGUCUGACAUGUCUGUGUGUUUCUGGUGUGAUUUUUAAUUUCACCGGUCUACUGAGCAAAUUGAAAUGUACUUACUUAUAAUAUUAUAAUUACGCAAACAAUGUAAUAUCGCACUGCAAUACACCACACUUUAUUAUUAGGGACAAGGAUAUUCCUUCAAUAAAAUAUCUGUGAGACAUCGUUCUCCCCAAACUGGA